CCCUUUUGGUAUUAAGAGUGACAUUUGUAGCAUUGAGGUCCCCCUUAAUAAUUUCCAUCAUCAACCUGAGCAUUUUCCUGAGAAUAAAUCAGACCUUCCACACCUGCAAUGGAUGCAAGGAGCACACAAGAAAGAUGAUAUGGUGCUGUUGGCUUCAUCAAGCCCUGAUCUCCAAUUCUUACUGGAGCAGUUCGCAGCUGAGUGUCAAGCGGUUGGGAUCAAGAUCAGCACCUCCAAAUCUGAGACCAGGGUCCUCUCCGGGUCGGGGAUGCGAUCCUGUCGAAAGUGGAGAAGUUCAAGUAUCUCGGGGUCUUGUUCACGAGUGAGGGUAGCAGGGAGCAGGGUAUCGACAGGCAGAUCGGUGCAGCGUCUACAGUGAUGCGGACUCAGUACCGGUCCGCUGUGGUUAAGAAGGAGCUGUGCCAAAAGGCAAAGCUCUCGAUUUACCAGUGUAUCAAUGUUCCUACUCUUAUCUAUGGUCACGUGCUGUGGGUUGUGACCGAAAGAACAACAUCCGGGAUACAAGCAGCCAAAAUGAGUUUCCCUAGAGAUAGGGUGAGAAGCUCGGUCUUCCGGGAGGGACUUAGGGGCAAGCCGCUACUCCUCCACAUUGAGAGGAACCAGCUGAGGUAGUUAGGGCAUCUGUUUCGGAUGCCUCCCUGGAGAGGUGUUCCUGGCAUGUCCCACCAGGGGUGAUGACCCAGGACGUGCUGGAGAGACUAUAUCUCUCAAUUGGCCUGGGAACAUGGGCUUCUCAAUUGCAGUUCACAAAUUUUAAAUUCAAAAUUUUUGAAAAAAACAUUUAAUUUUCAUGUGUAAAAAGUAGUUAUGUUCUUUCUUCUCCCCAAUUAUUGCUGCAAGCUAUUAUUGACAGCGUCAAUAUAGAACCACAGACAGCAAUUACUGUAUCUUAUGCACUUUAACUCUAAAACUUAGUCGGAUUCAUCUUCAUAUUCAAUUUCAAAUCCGCAUAGGUACCGACCUGUUAGUUAAACUCGCUUAAAUGUUGGUACUGGGCCGAUGUUCUGUCAGAUUUUGCACCCCAUCAGAAAUUGCAACAUUGCGGUUCUGCGCAUGAGCAUAAUGUCACAAACGGCUGCAAAUGCAGCGAUUCCGAAGUAAAAACCAAAAACUAUGUGUGAGGAAAGGAAUUGGUACUUAUGUUUGGUCAUGUAUGCACACAAAGGAAAGUUCUCCUCACACACAUCUUACCACGUGGCUGUGCUCAACCCAACUUCACACCGCUCUCUCACCGUUAACCUUUUCAGUGAAGCAUUUAUUGACGCCAUAUUCAUAUUGCUCAUGUAUGCUUAUCAUGUAACAUGUUUAUUUAUCUCCUUUGGAAAAUAUUGAGAGACCACCUGAAUGUGAAAGAAUACCUAUUCAUCACCAUAAAAGCUUUAGGAGCAAACUCUGACAGAACACCUUGUUACGUCCCCGUGUCCUUGCUGUCGUAUUUGCUAAAACAACACAGCUGUGACAGGCAGAUUGGGUUGCCAGGUUGGAUAGUUUUCCGCUAUUAAGGUUUGUUUUUGUUAUUGUUUAUGGUGUGCCUGUGACUUUAUCUGCAAUUUUGUCAGAAAGGCUUUAAUUCUGAGCUUAUGAACGAGGUAAUGAAUGCCCCUCACAAAUGCUAGAAUGAGCGCAUUCAGGGUAACGUUCAUGAGACAGAAACAUGAUGUGUUCAAUUCACAUUUGAACGAUGAACGAUCGGUUAUUCAACGCAAUCAUGUACAACACUGCCACUGUAUUUAAAAGUUCUGUACGUAGCUCAUAAAGUAAACAAUUGUAAUCAUAUUCUUCUCCCCAGGGUACAUACCAAGUUACAUGGACAAAGAUGAGCUUUGCAUUGUGUGUGGUGACAAAGCUACAGGCUACCAUUAUCGCUGUAUUACCUGUGAAGGCUGUAAGGGCUUCUUCAGACGAACAAUUCAGAAAAAUCUUUGCCAAACUUACAUUUGUAAGUAUGAAAGAAAUUGUGCCAUAGACAAGGUGAAUAGAAACCAGUGCCAGGAUUGUCGCUUCAAGAAGUGUAUUGCUGUCGGAAUGGCCACAGACUUGGUGUUGGAUGAGACCAAGAGGCUUGCCAAGCGAAAACUGAUUGAGGAAAACCGGGAGCGUCGCCGCAAAGAGGAACGACAGAAAACAGUAUUGGAUCAACUUGAGCCGACCCAGGAGGAGUGGGACCUAAUUCACAUGAUUACCGAGGCCCAUAUAGCAACAAAUGCCCAGGAAAAUCGCUGGAAGCAGAAGCGGAAAUUCCUGGUUGAGGAAACAAUGCUUCUUAAUGAAAUAACCUGCAAUUUAUUCAAUAACUCUGACCAGAGGGCAGUGGGGAUGAAGGAAACUAAGCCUGUAAAUACAGCAGGAGUCAAUCAAGUGGAUUUAGAGGCAUUCAGCCGUUUUACACAAAUUAUCACCCCUGCAAUAACACGAGUGGUGGACUUUGCCAAAAAGUUACCAAUGUUUUGUGAGCUGCCAUGUGAAGACCAGAUCAUCUUGCUGAAAGGCUGCUGUAUGGAAGUCAUGUCACUGAGAGCUGCUAUCCGUUAUGAUCCCGACAGUGAGACACUCACGCUAAAUGGAGAGAUGGCAGUCACCAGAGGUCAACUCAAAAACGGUGGCCUCGGAGUAGUGUCGGAUGCCAUUUUUGACCUCGGUGUCUCAUUGUCCUCCUUUAAUUUGGAUGACUCUGAGGUGGCUCUUUUACAGGCAGUUAUCCUUCUUUCAUCUGAUCGUCCAGGACUGAGUAGCGUGGAUCAGAUCGAACGUUGCCAAGAGGAAUUCCUGCUGGCUUUUGAACACUACAUCAACUACCGCAAACAUAAAGUAGCUCAUUUCUGGCCAAAGUUGCUCAUGAAGGUGACGGACCUGCGGAUGAUCGGCGCCUGCCAUGCAAGCAGAUUCCUACACAUGAAAGUGGAGUGCCCAACUGAGUUAUUUCCGCCUCUGUUCUUGGAGGUUUUUCAGGACUGAUUUUGAUGGAAAUAUGGCUGUGAAGCACUUGGAUGCCCUGGAGCUCCAGUCAACAUGUGACCAGUUUAGGUCUGCACUGCCGUGUUGACAGGAAAAGCUGAAACACCAGCUUCUUGCUCGGAUUUUGACUAUUGAUCUCUCGCAAUGUGACACAAAGCCUAAUAGAUUGGAGACCAACAUGCGUAAUGAACUGGGUGUGCUUUUUUCCCAGUUUAGCCACCAUAGUUAUAGAAAACACUAGAAACUAAUCUGCUUCCAUUAGCUUCAUUUGUAUUUUUCCUGCCAAUAUUGAAGGGAUGGGCGAGCCUUGCAGGUCAUUGUCGAUUGCCUGGAGAAAAAAAAAAAAAAAAGGGACACCUCAUUGGUAGAGCUUGUCGGCUUUUUUACUCAAAACUGAAUUAAUUAGAUACAUGUUUGAGUGAUAUACACACGGAAAAAAUAAUGAUCAGGAAUGUAUUUUUAAAACAAAAAAAUACUGGAAUAAAAUUUAGGGACAUCCCAAUUGCAUAUUUUUGCAUCCGAGUCCAACCCACCUGAUUUUGAGAAUCUGCUGAUACCAAUCACAAUCCGAUACCGAAAAAAAAAAGUGUUUCUGUCUCACCGUGACGCCUUUAUAAUGUGAAUCAUUUUUCAACAAGAAUAGCGUAGAAAAAUGUUUGUCUUUAUUAAAUGCUUGACAGAGUUAUACAAUGAGUUGCCACAGCACACUUAUGCAAGUUUAACGAUGAUUGACAGAUUUAUGCCUUUGAUCGUAGCGCUGCCAAGCUUCUCUGGCAAGAUAAAAGCUACAAACCUGUCAAACACAAGCUGGACAGUUUGGCCGCACUGCUUAGCACAGUGCUUCUCAAUUAUUUUCUGUUACGCCCCCCCAAGGAAGAUGUAAAUGUUUCGCGCCCCCCCCAAGCUCUCUGCCGCCACUGUAAAUAGUAUCAUUUGUCUAUAAAAUUACUAUUGUAAAUACGCAUCUGCCUAACAUUAUGUCCUUUUUUUUCUAAUAAAGAAAAAAAGUAACAUAGAUCAACUUAUAAUAAAGUAUAACUUUAUUAACAUUGUUUUGUUUGUAACUGAGAAGACUUGACGCGCAUCAAUUUGCCUGAAUUUAAAAAAGUCACAUCCAAAAUGUAAAAAUACACUCAACGUACAUUUUUGACCAUUUGAUACAGAAAAAUAAAAUGUAAUAAGAUCAGUAAAUAAUAACAAAUUCAAAUUCAUUAGAAACAUUCACUCAUGAGGACAAUAUGCCAAAACAAUUGACCGAAAAAACAAAAAUGAAUAAAAGAAAAAAGAGUGUCCUUGGACAGAAGGACAGUUUUUAUUUUUACUGCUCACACCUCCUUUGCAAUGGUGUGGAGUUAUUUUGCAAUGAGCAUGCUAACAAUGCUCACUGGUUUACUGAUAUAACACUGACAAAGCAGGACGAUUGUUGGCAAUAUUCGGCACGUUUUCGCUGAAAAACAAUCAAGCGGAUUAUCAAUGAGAUUGGGGUCUAAUGUCUUUAAGUGGCGUCUUAAUUGAUUUGUUUUCUGGCUGUCCGCUAUAAUUAUUUUUAGACAGAGUAAACAGUGGUCUUUCCUCAUCAUCCACUGUAUUAAAAGUCAAAGCUAAAAGGCAAACAGCACGAAAAAAGCGCAUUCUCGGCGGCCGAGGUAGAACCGUAAGUGAGGGCGGUCGUCGUGACGAUCCCAAGCCGAAAAUGGCAUUUCUCGGGCGCCGACGUGAGACCCGGACAAGACACUGCGUCGUCACAAGUCGCUGCGUGAGUGAGUCGGGUCGGAAAACGGCUUUCGAAAACGGCGGCGGCGCACUGCUCUUCUUAUCUGUUUUCUGUGUGCUCUUCCUUAGUUCAAAAAUAAAAAACCAUGUUCUCCGAGGUCACAUGCGCCCCCCCCGGCAUCGCUCUGCGCCUCCCCAGGGGGGUGCGCCCCACUAUUUGAGAAGUACUGGCUUAGCAGGAGGGAGGGUGAGGGCUGUGGCGCUCUACGAGCACGAAGCAGAAAAGCAUAAAUAUAUAUAUAUUUUUUAAUUAAAAACCCGAUCUUUUUCACCCGAUUCCGAUCCUCUGAAAAAUGGCGCAAUCAGCCCGAUUUCCGAUCACGUGAUCGAAUUGCAAACGUUAACUCUGAGCUUGACCUUUUUAAAAAAAAAAAAAAAAAAAAAAAAAACUUAGGCGCAUUCAAAGUACCCUUAUAGUUUCGCAAAUGUUUCACUGCAAAUAUGAUGUGGAAACAGACUUCAUAAUGAUAGAAGGGACACAGGGCGCGGGGCCGAAGCUGACCGAGUGGAUUACAGUCAAAGAGCUUUUUUUGUUGAAAAGUCUUGCGAAUAAAUGCUUAAAUCCCCGAAUUCUUUAUGCAUAUGGACGCAAAACAGUCUUGAUUCUUGGUUAAAAGCAAAAAAAAACAAAAAAAAAAAACAACGUGCAGUUAGCGUUUAUUUUAUGUGAAUAUGUCAAAUGUGCUGCUCGUUAAGUCAAUGUGGCGGCCCCCUUAGUACAACAAAGAGGUUUUUGCGUUGAAAAUUCUGGUGAAUAAAUGCUUAAAUCCCUGAAUUCUUUAUAGAUAUGGGCGUAAAACAGUCUCGAUUCUUCGUUAAAAGCAACACAAAAAAAGCGUGCAGUUAGCAGUUAUUUUACGUGAAUAUGUCGAAGUACGAUGUCUGUCUAGUCUGUUAUUCAAUAUGGUGGCAUCCUUAAAACAAAGAGCUUUUUAUGUUGAAAGUUCUUGAACGAAAAGUAUAAUAAUUACCUUGAAUCCUCGAACAAAUCACUCCUGAGACAAUCCCUCCUGUUUGUAUGCGAUACAACUUUCGUACAUAUUUCAACCUAAAUCCAGCGUUGAAUCGCUGCAUGUGUCGCUGCGACCGGCUGCGAAUAACUCAAGCGGAUUGUGGGGUGGCCCCCUACUUGAAGGCAUGGAGCAGUGAAGGUCGACUAUGACCCGUCAAUAUCAUUAUGAAGUCUAUGGUGGAAAUGCAAAGGAAAUUGACAGAACACAUUAUAAUUCAAAGAGUGAAAAUAAAGUACACAGAGAAGAACAAGAGAAAAAAAAGGAUCACCAUUUUGAACAACCUUUUUAGUCAAGCUGCACCAAAUCUCCCACACUCUCAUGUUGUCUUCCCUUUUUUUUCCUCACGGCAAGCCACAGAACCUCCUCGACCAUUGAGAUGAGCGGCAUGGUCAUUGUUCUAUUAGCUCAUUGGUCAGAAAGCAUGAGAGGCGGGUGAAUGAGCUCUCCUAUAUACGUACAGUAUAUUCUUAAAAAGCGCCAUUCAGUCUUUGUUCAAUUUACAAAUUCAACACUAUUUUCAAUUUUCAUGAUAAUACGGGACAAAGCACAUCCCUUGUGAGCUUAAUACGGGACACGUACUUUUGUGACUGAAUACCGGACGAUUCCGUUUUUUAAGGGACGGUUGGCAACCAUAUUUACAUUACUCUGUGGCUGGAAGACCACAGACAUCCAUUCUGUUUUAACUAGAAGGGGCUAGCAUUUAUCAUUACAAAUAUACCGGUACAUCCGAUGUCAAACUUCCAUGGCACCGAAUGAGUUAAUCCACACGAACUGUCACUUCAUUUUGUAGUUUGAGGAGUUUUAGUGGCUGGCAAUACAUUGUAUCGCUCGAUUCAAUCAAUAUUUUGUCAAAGCUAGUUAGCUAAUGACACACACACUUGAUGGCAUUCUGAAAUAAAUUGCUAAAUAAAUAUGGUUUAUAAUGUAAACCAAUUUGAUCUUGUUCCGUUUGAUACUUUUUAAACUUUCAGAAUGUCAUAAAUAUCGCAUCAAACAGUGGUAUGAAAUUAAAGACAUAUCAGCCAGCACCAAGUAUUGCUGUUUUUUGGGAAUCUUUUGCUAUAGCAUUGUUGUUUGCGGUUUUGUUUACAUUGUGUUACUGUCGGGAGUUUUACCUCAAAUCUAUGAUGAUACCAUUGUUUUAAAACAUCUGUUCAUGAAAUAAAACUGAAGAAGAAAAAUGUUGAUUGUCUCUUUUAACAGGUUCUCUUAAAUGAACAGGAGAUGACGACACACAAUUCCGGAGCAAAAGAAAGCAAAAAGUCAAAUACAUUUUGUCGUUAAUGAAUAAUUAAAAGCUGGCCGGCCAGGUCUCCGGUGCCCUUCGAGAAGAUGUGGCCUCGACCUUCCGACGCAUACACCUUUUGUUAUUCAAAAUACGUAUAAGGAGGCUAAAGCCAACGGCCAUCUUAGCCCAAGUGGCUCACGUGAAAGUGGAAAUUUACAAGGCAGCCACAAGCAGAUCACUAUAAUGUUACCUGCCUAUGUCCUUACUCCAGAGAAGAAGCUGCGGGCUCCCAUUCCUAUCUUAUCCAAAUAGAGUCAAGUUAAAGAAUUUAGUAAGACAAACAAUAUGGA